UCGGACGGCUCCAUUAAGUUGUCCACUUGUACUCGAUACCAGUUUCCCACCAGAUAUCUCUCUCUCUCUCUCUUGCCAGAAGCGAAGAGUGGGGAAACAAUGGCGUCGGCAAGAGCAAAGCUGACGUUUCGCAUAUUUCUGGUCCUUCUCCUCGUAAUAGGUUUCUUCUACCUCUUCCGUCCUCUCUACUGGAAAAUUUCCUCCACCGUCCAAGAUAUUCGCGACAACAAACAAACCUUCACCGGAGGUAUUUCGCAGAUCGUACACGAAGCUCAGAAAUCGGUGGGAUGGUAGUAUCUUUUAGUCAGGUUUUGUGAAGAAAAUGCUGCUAAUUGUAAUUUUAAUUUCCUUAAUUUAUCACUGUAAGUGAAUUUUGACAGAUAUAGCCUCUGUUCAAUCAGAAGAUUUGGUUUUUCAUUUUACUUUGAAUAAUGAAGAACUUGUACCGUAUUAAAGUUUGGAUUUUGCAUAUGUAGAUCAGAUUGCAAUU